AUGGGCAGCUUCCAUGUUCUGGUGGCAGACCUUGUGGCCACUCAUGACUCCGUGGUGUCCGAGCUGCAGAAGCAGGUCGACGACCUGAGGGCCGAGGUUGCAGCCUUCCAGAGGUGCGGACACGAUGCCGCCACGGAAUCCCCGGACGAGCUCCACAUUCCUCUCGCUGGUCGCAUUCUGGAACCAGAGGCGUUGCAUUGCGCGCCCAUCGGCCUGGAGGAGGUUUCGCUUUCCGAGGCACCGUUUGUCAAGAUCUUUGGCGAGGAGGUGAAGCAUUUGGGCUUACGCGUCAUGUGGAGCGCAGAGAGGCCGACCAUUCAGAGAGUGGACGAGGGAACUGCUGCGCAAGUUGUCGGCAUUUGCCCUGGAGACCUGCUUCUUGCCAUCAACGAGACGGAGACGGCAGGGCGACCACGAGAGGAGCUGCUUCCGCUUCUCCGACUUCGCCCUCUCCGACUACAGCUGAUGCGCAAAGGGACUGACUGCUCUGCCGCAACGGGCACGAUGACUUUCGGGACCCCGAACCACUCGGUGAGGAGCGUCAACGGGAAGCAGAAGCCGCAGACUCUGCAAAAAGCCGAGUACGCGAAGUUCGUCGGCAUCCAGAACAUCGACGACGGCCGUGGUCGCGAGGUAAACUUGACCAACACCUGGGCUGAUUCACCCAUCUCAGUCCCGAGCCAGGGCCGCCUCGCCCGUGAGUCUCCGAAGAAAGGCUCACCGCUUGUUGGUCGAAGGGAUGCUCGCAAAGCAUCGAAAGGAAGUCGUGCUGCAAGCACGAACAGUGAAGGCGACGAGCCUGAGGAAACUCAGAGUCAGAUUGGACUGCGUCGUUUCAUAGCCACGCGGAAGGAGUCGACCGCAUCCGUGGCAGAGGUGGGUAUUGGGAACUUCAAGAUUUCCAUCCACGACCGCGACCAAGCAACUGAAAGAAAGAGCUGCGCAAGGCGCCUGCACUCCUUGCUGAAGUGGUGGAGCCACUUGGAGGAGCCCGAACGUGGCGGCUGUGCCUACCGGAUCCUUGAGUCCCGGCCUUUUUUCACCCUGUCUUCCACGGUGAUUAUGAUGCACGCGGUCGUGGUGACCAUGUCCUCAGAUUGGGAAGUCAAUCACAUUGGCGGCACGCCUCCGCCCCUGUUCAACUAUCUGGAGAUGGGCUUUCUGGCCUUCUAUGCGAUCGAGCUCGGGCUUCGAUUGGCGGUGCAUCGUUGUUUUUUCUUCUUCGGCGAGAGCGCGGGCUGGAACUGUUUUGAUUUCCUGCUUGUUGCAUUCUCCGGCUUUGAUGUCGGCUACUACAUAAUGCAAAUGGCGAGGGACAAGGAGGAAACCAACAGCGGCAACGUAUCCUUCAUGCGCUUGUUCCGUCUCUUCAAGAUCACGAAGAUCCUCCGCACUAUCCGAAUCAUCAAGGUCUUCCGAGAGCUCUCCAUGAUGGUGGAAAGCUUCACCAAGUGCCUUGUGGCCAUGUUUUGGGGGCUGACCUUGCUCAUCUUUCUCCUGUACAUCUUUGCGCAACCUGUGCAGAAUUUACAGACACAGGAAAGGCUAUCGCUCUACAUGGCUGUGACGGGUGGCAACGACUGGGUGGAAUACUACCUGACAGUUCGGCAAUGUGGUACAUUCUACGACAUCUUGUUCCUGCUCUACACAUUCUUUUUUGUGUUUGCACUCUUCAACAUCAUGACGGGAGUCUUUGUUGAACGAGCGCUGACGGCCGCCCUCCCUGACAGAGAUGAAAUGAUUUGGGAAGAGCAGAAGAAGCUGGCUAAGCAGGUGGAGGAGUUCAAAGCCCUUUGCAAUCAGUUGGACACUGACGGCUCAGGAACCAUCACCAAGAGCGAGUUCAAAAAACAUAUGCGGAGCGACGUCAUGGUGUCGUAUAUGUCCAGCGUCGGCUUGGAGAUGCAUGAUGUCGAGCACUUCUUUCGGACGGUGGCCGGGGAAGACGAAGAAGUUAGCAUUGACCGAUUUGUGGAGGGAUGCAUGGCCAUGAGAGGCAAUGCAACCGCACUUGAUGUCCAGCGACAGCUCUUUGAAUGCAAGCGGCUCUCAGACGCUAUCAGAGCCCUCAAGCGCGAGACUAGUGAGAACAUGGGCAAGGUGCAAUGGAUUUUGUCGAAGGCUUUUCCUCGGCUGGCCGAGGAUAUGCCAAAGAUGGAGGAUAAGGCAGGUAUUCUGCAGCGCUGUAGCUGA